GAAGGAAAAUAAACUGAGCAGGGUUUUAAUCAAGAGCUUCAAAUACCUACGGAAAUCGUUGGUUUGUCGCGUACCAUCAAUCAAUGCCAUGGAAAAUUCCAACUUGAAAGUACUUGCGGCGAUCGCCCCGUACCACAAUCCCGAUCCCGGCGAUGAGUCAACCCAAAGAGCCCUCCGUCGUCUAUGUUUAUGAAGUCAUUUAUAAAUGGCCCCUUCCAGUAAUCUCCUCCCCCUCCGAAGUCCAAAGUGAAACGCUUCCCCCUCCAUACUUUCGCCGCCUCCUCCGGCGGUUCUUGGCAUAGGGAACAGGCAGAAGAAGGGCCUUCUCUCGUCCCUCCCAUGGAGCUGAAUAGCGGCGUACCCCUGAUCACGCAACAGUAUGCGGCCUUGCUGAGGAAGAACUUCAUCUUGACGUGGCGCCACAAAAAGUCCGCCUUCCUCCAGCUCUUCUCCUCCCUUUUCUUCAUCUUUCUCAUCUUCUGCAUCGACAAGGCAGUCAAGUCCCGCUUCUCCUCUACCACCGCCUACAAGAACGUCCACGACCCCCAGCCCCUCAUCCUGCCCCCCAUCCCCCCCUGCGAAGACAAGUUCUACGUCAAAACCCCCUGCCACGAUUUCAUCUGGAGCGGCAACGCCAGCGCCCGCAUCGCCACCAUCGUCUCCGCCAUUAUGAAGAAUAACCCCGGCAGGGAAAUCCCCGCCGAGAAGGUCAAAUCUUUCGGAACUCAAGCUGAAGUGGAUGCAUGGCUUGAAAGCAAUCCUAUGCGGUGCCCAGGUGCUUUGCAUUUUGUGGAGAGGAAUUCGACUGUCAUAAGCUAUGGAAUCCAGACGAAUUCUACUGCUGUAGCCAAACGAGGAAGCUAUGAGGACCCUACUUUCAAAUUUCAAAUCCCACUUCAGAUUGCUGCAGAGCGUGAAAUCUCUAGAUCCUUGAUUGGAGAUCCAAAUUUUAAGUGGACGGUGGGGUUCAAGGAGUUUGCUCACCCGGCCACAGAAACUUUUUCUGCUGUUGGUACUGCAGGACCGACCUUCUUCCUUGCGAUCGCCAUGUUUGGUUUUGUAUUUCAAAUUAGCUCUUUGGUCACUGAAAAAGAACUUAAACUUCGUCAGGCUAUGUCCAUAAUGGGCCUAUAUGAUUCUGCUUAUUGGCUUUCUUGGUUUACAUGGGAGGCUUUUCUGACGGUGGUUGCAGCACUUUUCACAGUCCUGUUCGGGAUGAUGUUUCAAUUCAACUUUUUCUUGCAUAACAGUUUUGCUGUUCUGUUUCUCUUGUUCUUCCUUUUCCAACUUAAUAUGCUAAGUUUUGCUUUUAUGAUAUCAGCCUUCGUCAGUAAGUCAUCAUCAGCAAAUACAGUUGGGUUCUCAAUAUUCAUAAUCGGUUUUUUGACUCAGCUUGUUACAGUAUUCGGGUUUCCAUAUGAUAGCAACUUCACAAAACUCUAUCGAGUUAUAUGGUCUCUAUUUCCCCCCAACCUUCUUGCCAAAGCUCUUGACUUGCUAGGCAAUGAGACAGCUACUUCUGAAGAUGAAGGAAUUAGUUGGGGCAGGCGUGGAGAAUGCACUACAUAUGAACCUGACUGCACUAUAACUAUUGAAGAUAUCUAUAAAUGGCUCAUAUCAACAUUCUUUGUGUGGUUCAUUUUGGCAAUUUACUUUGACAAUAUUAUUCCAAACUCAAAUGGUGUGAGAAAAUCAAUGUUUUAUUUUCUGAAUCCCUCAUACUGGACUGGGAAUGAUGGAAACAGGGUGGAAGGUAGUCUCUGUAGCUGUUCUGGUUCAAUUCCACCAUUGGAUGAUGCUACUCCAAGUGAUGAGGAUGUCCUAGCAGAGGAAACUAGUGUAAAGCAGCAAGCUGCUACUAAUGAAGUUGAUCCAAAUGUUGCAGUUCAAAUACGUGGUCUAACAAAAACAUAUCCUGGAACUAUGAAAAUUGGUUGUUGCAAGUGCCAGAGAUCUUCACCAUAUCAUGCUGUCAAGGGAAUAUGGGUAAACCUUGCAAAAGACCAGCUGUUUUGCCUUCUUGGACCUAACGGAGCUGGGAAAACCACUGUGAUUAAUUGCCUUACUGGUGUUACACCGGUUACAGCAGGAGAUGCAUUAAUUCAUGGAUAUUCAGUUCGGAGCUCAGUGGGUAUGUCAAAUAUUCGAAGGAUGAUAGGAGUUUGUCCCCAGUUUGAUAUCUUAUGGGAUGAAUUAUCAGCUCAAGAACACCUGCAUUUAUUUGCUAGUAUCAAAGGUUUGCCUCCAUCAACAAUAAAAUCGGUAGCUGAAGAGUCAUUAGCAGAGGUAAAACUUACUACUGCUGCUCGAGUUAGAUCUGGAAACUAUAGUGGAGGGAUGAAGCGUCGUCUCAGUGUUGCAAUAGCCCUCAUUGGGGAUCCAAAAAUGGUUUUCUUGGAUGAGCCAACUACUGGUAUGGAUCCAAUCACUCGAAGGCAUGUCUGGGACAUAAUAGAAGAUGCUAAAAGAGGACGAGCUAUUGUUUUGACAACCCAUUCCAUGGAGGAAGCUGACAUUUUAAGUGACCGGAUAGCCAUCAUGGCUAAGGGAAAAUUGCGGUGUAUAGGAACCUCUAUACGACUUAAAUCAAGAUUUGGGACUGGUUAUGUUGCAAAUGUGAGUUUCCCUGGCAAUGCACCUGGUCAAACUCCCAACGUUUAUGGUAGUGCACCCACAAGCAAUCCUCACCUUGAGCCUGUGAAGCAGUUCUUCAAAGAUCGGUUAGAUGUGGAUCCUAAAGAAGAGAACAUGACAUUUUUAACUUUUGUCAUCCCCCACCAAAAAGAGGGGCUUCUAACGGAUUUUUUUGCAGAGCUCCAAGAUAGAGAGGAAGAAUUUGGGAUUUCAGACAUACAACUUGGUCUAACAACCCUCGAGGAAGUGUUUCUAAACAUAGCAAAACAAGCUGAGCUGGAAAGCUCUUCCAUGGAGGAGAAUCUGGUUACUCUGAACUUGUCAUCCGGACCUUCUAUUCAGAUCCCGAAAGGAGCUAGGUUUGUUGGGAUUCCAGGAACAGAAUCAUCGGAGCACCCGAGAGGACUGAUGGUGGAAGUGUACUGGGAACAGGAUGAUACCGGAACCCUCUGCAUUUCUGGUCAUUCAUCUGAGACCGACAUACCACCCAACGUCCAAUUGACGGUGAAUCGGGCCCCUUCCCGCAGAGGAAGUAUUCGUGGUGCUCCUCUGGGAUUUGUCAUAGAUUCAUAUCUUAGUUAAAUGGUCAUCCAGGAGUCUCUUUGUAGAUUUUGGUGUGAUUGGUACUGUAAUCACAUUUUGUGCAUGCAUGGGCUAGCUAGUAUUUGCUUAGUUCAGAGUAUGUGUAAGUAACACUAGUACUAUAUAUUCUUUUGGCUUUUUGAUAUUUCUAAUACCCAACCUUUCGUGUGUGGAAAUUAGAUGAA